AUGCAUGCCGGCUGCCUUUUAUUUAUAGGCUUUUCAAUUUUCUGUGAUACAGGUAGUUAGAAUUUUCGUGGCUUCGAUUUGAUAAUUUUAUUUUAGCAUAUUCUUUGAGCAAUUUCAUAGAUAGUUACCAAACGCUGAACUAUCGUACCAAAAAUCUCAUUUCGCAUUUGAAUCGAAAAAAGAGGUCAAUUUCGGAAGAUGAGCCACUGGACGUGCGGUUUCAUGCCUAUAACAGGUGUUUUUAACUUUUUUUUUUUUGUUCUUUCAAUUUGUUUCAUUCAAUUUUCCUAAUGUCUUGUGAAUAGAAUUGAAAAAUAUAUUGUAUUGAUUGGUUGAAUUGAAGUUGGUGACUUUCCAGAAGCUUCAAUUUGAUGCUGAGUCCAGUAGACGAUUUUUUCGGUCCAUUCGAUUCAAAUCACGUGGCCGACAUUGAUGGCGAGUACGUUGACCUGAAGCCUGCCAAUUUUCUGUUUGAAGGAUAUUUGAAAGGUUUCCAUUUUCACGUCUUGCAAUUUUUUCUAUGUUCCUAUUAAAUUUCGUAAAGUUUUGCUUUUUUCCAUCGGCAAAGUCAAAAAAGGCUCCAUAGAAUUUAGGGUAAGAAAGGCUUCUUUUGCGCCAUUUUCGCUGCCUCUAACUUUUCUACUGUUUCUUGACCUUUUGAAAUCUCAGAAAAAAAAAAUGGAAGGGACUCUUUUUGUUGCCUUUAUGCGAAUUUUUUUUUUGGACCCUGUGUGCGGCUAUUAUUAACCAAUCUGACUUCGCCUUAAUCACAGGUUAUACAAAGAACAAAUUUAUCUCCUGUUUUUUUUUUCAAUGUGUUUUAAGUGUUUGAGCGUCGAGAUCCAACAGGAGAAAGAAAAAAACUUCAGUUAAAAAUAGCUGUAUGAUCAAGAAAAGUUCACAACUAUUCUUUGUAUUCCAGGGGAUCCUUACUCAAAAGUGUACGGGUCUGUGUUGGACGGCGUGUUCGAGGGCCACAUUCGCGAUGGCGCCGGCCACGCUUUCACCGUCGAUAAAGCGUCCAAGUACUUUGACCACUCGGAACGGCCGUCUCAUUACCAUUCGAUCAUCUACCGCGACGACGAGAUCAACCAUCAAAAGUGGAGAGUCAAACGGUAGCCUUCUUUCCAUUGUUCUCCGGAUAGUUUGAUGGAAAAAGUUCCAGAGAUGCCGAGAGAAUGGCUUCUUCGGUUCACGGCUGUGGGAUGAGCGAUCGAGUGCGUCGCGAUAUGGAAAAAGUCCAAAGUUCUGCGGAAAAGACGGAUUUUUACUCCAACUUUAUGACAAUGUUCCAUUUUUCCCCCCCGAUCUUGGUGGUACAUGUCCUGUUCAGGCCUGGAAGAACGAAGAGGGCGACGCGCGACGAAGCCGGCCGCUACUCGGUCAGAACUUGCUCCCUGUACAUGCAAGCCGACCACAAGCUCUACCAGCACAUCCGUAUGAAGGAGGGGAAUAAUGAUCCCAUCAGGUCCUUUCACCCAUAAAAGACCACUUGAAAAUAUUGUCCGGCUUUAUUUGCACCUUCGAAAAGUAAAUAGCCAAGUAUUGAUCAGAUGGAUGAAAAAAAGAAAACCCGCAAGGAUUUGUUUAAAUAAUCAUGGUUAACGAGAGCAUUUUUUUGAAAUUUUGAAUGAACCUUCAUAAUUACCUAGGGAACGUUUUUUAGCCCCCAGUUAAACUUUUGCUGAAACUUGAGUGUACUUUAGGUCCUGAUUGAAGAACAAGAAAAAAAAAAUUCUCACAAUAAAUCUUGUUUUCGAAUUAAGACGCCUCAAAAGCUUGAAAUUUUUGUCAUAAAUAGCGUAUUUUGCAAACUUUGAAGAUUCAAAACUCGAAAAAACGAUUUAUCGGAAACAUUUUUUACUCGUUCUGCAAAAAGUAAGUGUUUUCUUUCGGUGGCGUAAAAGAAACCAGCGAAAUUUCGAACGGCCACUUUUCUUUCAUAUCGUGUUCUAUUUUUUUGUUUCCUUUUUCUUUGCGCUUCAAUCAUGAACCAACUACCUCUUUUAUGUAGACAAGUUCAAAACGAAGAUUUUAACGAGAAAAAAAAAUUUGAAAGACCCCUAGUGACAUGAAAAAGUCGCCGUUCGAAGUUUCGAUGAUUUUUUUUAUAUCAUCUCUUAUUCUGCAUUCUACCAUAAAUUCUUAACUUCAUUGCAUUUUAUUGAAGUUCAACUCCGCAUUUUCAGAACUCGCGAAGAGAUUGUCAGCUUGUUCUACAACCACAUAAAAGCCGUCAAUGAGAUCUACGAAAAUACGGAUUUCAAUGGUAUUCGCGGUCUCCACUUUGUUAUCCAAAGAACAUCGGUUCCUUUUUCCUAUACUUCAAAAUCAUUCCCUUAACUUUUUCAGAUUUACACUCCCGAUUCUUGUGAACGAGGCAGAGCAAAAGCCGAUUCGGACAAUCCAUUUUGUGAAGAGGUUUUUGGCAAAAAGUCGGGUGAAAAGUAACUUUUUCUCAGAAUGUCGACGUCUCCAAUUUUUUGAACCUCAAUUCCCAGCGCAAUCAUUCGGCCUUCUGCCUUGCCUACGCUCUCACUUUCCGAGAUUUCGUCGGCGGAACCCUCGGUCUCGCUUGGGUCGCCAGUCCUCAGUACAGUUCGUUUAGACAUUAUCAGAAAUUUUUUUUGAAAAAAGUCCGGAAUCGAAAUUAAACGCGUCCGUAUCCAUUUUUGAGAUCCUGUUACUGAAUAGGGCGCAGGCCAAGCCUAAUCCGGAAUCGAAAUUUAAAAUUUUAAAGACCUUCUGGUGGGGGCUGAAUUAAAUGAGAGAGGGGGGCUAUAUUCCAUAAAAAAAUCCCCCAAAUGCUACGAUUCUAGAAUUCCUAGACAAUCUUCAAGAACCGCUCCACGCAAAUUUGGAAUAAGCAUUGCAAGCAUUGUCCGGAUACUCUUUUUGCUGCCUUUUUUGAGCCCCUUCAUUUUGAAUUUAGUAAUAAAAUCAAUUCAAAUAGACCUCAAUACACUUCAUGAAAACCUUUUUUUGUAAAAGUCCUCAUUGAAGAUACUGCCGGAGGCAUCUGCCAAGUACACCAAAGGUACAACGAAGGCAGUCGAGGCUGGGUUUUCCGUUCGCUCAACACCGGAAUCGUCACCCUUGUCAAUUAUGGAAACAGAGUGCCUGCGCGAGUUUCUCAGCUUACAUUGGCCCAUGAGAUUGGCCACAAUUUUGGGUCUCCGCACGAUUUUCCGCUCGGUUUCCCUUCUCUCUUCAGUUCAUAGUAUUAUCCUUCAUUGUCAGAAUGCCAGCCUGGACUGCCCGAUGGCAACUUCAUAAUGUUCGCCUCGGCGACGUCAGGAGACAAACCCAACAACGGCAAGUUCUCGCCGUGCUCCGUCGCCAACAUCUCCGCCGUGCUGCACGUCGUCCUUCAGUCGGUUCCGGUCGACCCGACGCGCAACGCGAAUCCGGUCGGGUUCGGCAAAAGAAACUGCUUCCAGGGUAUCUUUUUUUCGCAAACAUAAAAAAGCAAAGUGCCUCUCUUAUAGAAAGAACCUCGGCUUUCUGUGGCAAUCAGAUUUUCGAGCCGGGUGAGGAAUGCGAUUGUGGAUUCUCGCAGGUUAAAACUCUGUGAACGAAAAAGAGAUGAACAAAACCUUUCAGGCUGAUUGCGACCAAAUGGGCGAUAAGUGCUGUGUUCCUCACGAGAACCGCGGCACCGGAGGCCCUGGUCCCUGCAAGAGAAAGGUUUCAGAACAGUUUGGUGUUAUGUGACCAGUGGGGACGUUGUAGUAGAAGAUUUAUCAGUAACAAGAAAUUAGGCUAGACUAUAACAAACGAGGGUUAUAUAGUGCUAAGGGAAGAGAUCCCGAAGAUUAGGGAAGGUUCCAGAAAAGGUGAAGUUUAGAAAGUAUUAAGAUUAGAAUCAAAGAUGGAACAUUCCAGAAUUUUAAAAAUCCUUUCCGAAAUCAAUAAUAUUCGAGAAACCUUCUAGAAAGUUAUAGAACAAUUGAGAAGAUUGUAGAACUUUGUAGGAGGGAAACCAUUACAAAGGAUUCCUACGAUCUGAUAAGACUAGAAAUGUAUGGAAUACUAUAAAUAGGUAAAACUGGAAAGUUCUUUUGAGGAUCCGGAGAAGCAGCUAAAAAGAUUCCUCUAAUGGCUCCUGAAAUCAUGUGAAAAAAGCUUUUGAGCCCCUUUUUCAUAGCCUCGGCGGAUCCUUUUUGAAUCCCCUCGAAUCUUUUCAGUUGCUUUCCAGCAUCAUUUUUGUUAAAGGAUGUGAAAAAAUGCAAAAGUUGAAUAAAAAAGAUCUGUUGGGGACCCUAAAAAGGUCUUUUUUUGAGAAAAGCUUUUGAGGAGUUUUUUCGUUUUGCCCGAGUAAAACAUUCUAGAAUCAGCUUGACAUAUGCGUUAUGGUCCAACAUUUUGAAAGACUUGAUUCAUCCAUUUGCUGCAGCGUGGAGCGAUGUGUUCGCCGUCCGAAGGAUACUGCUGCAAUCCCGACACCUGCACUCUUCAUUUAGACCGCGAAGACAAAAUUUGCCGACAGGUUUUUUUUUCUUGUGAAGAUUCGGGCCUUUAGAUCAGUUUGAUUGGAUCCUAAAUCGAUAACUUCACUUUUUUUUCAAUAUUUUCACCUGAAAUGCAAAAUUGUCUCUGACUCUCCAAAAUUUAGUUAUAUUUUCCUUUCUCUGAAGGCCAUUUGGCGUAGGAAGAAGGUUUCAUGAAUUUUCAUUGACUACCUCUUUCUUAAGAAAUAAUACGAUUUUCUGGAUUAAGGAGGAUUUAUAGGAAUCGGAGUGCAGCCACCAGCAGACGUGCGACGGCCACACCGCUCAAUGUCCAGCCUCGCCGCCCAAAUUCGACGGUCUUCCUUGUCAGGACAGUACAAAGGCAUGGACCCAACAUCGCUUUUUCCACUCAUUAUUGUUUUUUUCUAAAGGUGUGCUCGGCUGGUAGUUGCAACGGCUCGGUUUGCGAGAUGUUCGGUCUGAAAGAUUGCUUCCUGACGGAAGGAAAACCGGAGGAGCUAUGCUACCUCGCUUGCAUCAAAGACGGAAGUUCGUUUGUACUAUUCUUGACCGGUUCAGUUUCGGUAUAGUCUGUUCGUCGCAGUUUUUGAGUGUCUGCGUCUCUCUGUUCCCUCUCAGAAAAGCGAAAAUAGCUCCUCAAAAAGAGAGAGUCGUCGAGAGAAGAGGAGAGCGCAGAGAAGUCCCGCAAUUUCAAGUCGCGAAAAACCGACUAUAUAGCUGAUUCACAGCUGGCUUCAGCCAUCGAAAAAAGGAUCCUGACACGAUAAUGCACAAGAUAGCGCCUGGCUCGUGGAGAGCGCAGACAGGACACGCCCCCUUAGCGUCCCCACCUAGCCGUGAAUCAGCUAUAGCUGACGUAAAAAAAAGAAAAAGAGAAAAAUAUCAAUUUUUUUUCUGAUCUGAUCUUUCGACUAAUAGGAAAUGCAUCAGCAGUCAAAAAAUAAUAUACACAUUUAAAAAAAACCCGUUUAGAAUGCACUUCAAGCGUCAAUUUGCCUGAGUUCGCCGCGAAUAGAACUACGUUUUUGCAAUCUGGACGCAAAGGAAAAACUGGCCUCAUCCUUCAUCCGGGCUCCCCUUGCAACAACUACAAAGGUGAUUUUGUACACUUACCGGAAGAAUAUUCUACUUUCAGGAUAUUGUGACAUCUUCCGCAAGUGCCGGAGUGUCGAUGCCAACGGACCUUUGGCCCGACUCAAGAAUCUGCUCUUCGAUAAAAGGACCAUCGAAACUCUGACCCAAUGGAUUCAAGUUAGUCAUUUUGAUAUAGUUAGAGCUUGAAAGCCAAUGCAGUCAAUCUGAUUUAUUCAAAGUUUUCACAUAGCAUCAUCAAAGGGUCCGGAGAAGUAGCUAAAAAAUUCCUCUAAAGCUUCUAAAAUGAUGUGAAAAAGCUUUUGAGCUCCUUUUUUUAGCCUCGGCGGAUCCUUUUUGAAUCCGCUUGAAUCUUUCCAGCAUUUUUGUUGCAGGAUUUGUAAAAGACGCAAAAAUUAAAUAUAAAAAGAUCUGCUGGAGACCCUUAAAAGAUCUUUUUUGAGAAAAGCUUUUGAGAAGCUUUUCAUUUUGGGAGCUCGGGAGAAUUGCCAGCUAUUUUCAGUCUUGAUCUAUAAUUUAGGACAACUGGUGGGUCGUGAUGACCGGCGGCCUCGGACUCCUCUGCUUCAUGGCGCUCUUCGUCAAAUGCUGCGCCGUCCACACUCCGAGCACCAACCCCAACAAACCGCCCGCUUUGAACAUCUACCAGACGCUCACUCGUCCUGGAACUCUCAUAGUUAGCCUUUUUAUCUCUCUCUUUCUAAAACUACAGGCUGACUUUUAAAUAUGAAGCAAAAGCUUGAUUUUGGAAUCACAGCGUCUAGAGAAAUCAAGGUCUUUAUAAAAAGACUUCUACUUGGUUUUAUCAUCGAGUUACUUGUGAAAAUCAUUUAUAGAUAUAACAGAAAAAAAUUUCUUGAAAUUACUGUCGGCAUGUCGUUUUCACUGGAGGUUAUUUUGGUGGCCAGCUUUCCUUAUAUCAAUCCGUUUCGAAGCCGUAAGAUUUCUUUUCCAGAGACAGCGGCGUCAACGUCACCGUGCAGCAGCCUCGAACGGCUCGGCGUCCGCGUCGGCGGCUCCGAGGGCCGUGAGCAACUCCGCGCCGCCGACGGCGAGGCCAGUGGCUCCGCGGCCGUCGGCUCCGCCCCUGAUCGUUCCUCCGCCGGUCAUGGCCCCGCCUCCCAUUCCGCUAGUACCUGCCGGUCAGCCUUUUAAUAGUUUCUUGUGACUCAGCCUAAUCAAAAUUCCGCUUUUUUUUUCCAUGUUUCUCACCUUUAAAAAAAUUAUUAUUUCGAAGAUCCUCUUGAGAUUUUUCAAGGGUUUUGAUCAAAGUCCACUGUACAAAACUUUGCAUGUAAUUUUAUAGCCGAUUCACAGAUAGCUUGGGCGUGGCCUGUCUGUGCUCUCCACCAACCAAACAUUAUUUCUUUAAUUAUCGUGACAGGACCCUGCUCGAGCCAGACGUGAAUCAACUAUAACCGUUCUAGAAAAAAUUUUUUUGAAACAGUCCCAAAAUUUGAAAAACUGAAGGUUUUCAACAAUUUGAACGUAGGAUCUACUGAAGAAUUUUUGAGCAUUUUGGGUGUAGCAAAAAGAUUUCGAAGGAGAUUUCGAUAAGAAGUUGAAAAAAAAAGAUUUUUCGAAAACAUAGAAGUCUGCGUUAUAUUUUGCUUACUACUUACUUACUUACUUAGAUACUUAGAUGGUCCAUCUUCGCUUUCGACCUUUUAUUGCCUUUUAGUGCCUUUUAUUGAUCGAAGCGUGGACCACACGUUUUCCAGGAGGUCUUAUGCAAUCGGUCAUCCAGUGUUGUCGUCCUGGUUGACUGGUAUUCUUGCGAAAAAGUUCCAUCCGUGGUGUUGAACGUGUUAUAGCAUAAUUGUGGUCUUAUUAUCCUUUUUGCCUUGCCAGGGCUAAAAAAGACCGCCCAUUCUGUUAGCAGAAGCAAGCCGAAUUGCGUGACCGGUGUACCGUUAGCCGCCAUAAAUGGCGUUGCCUCCCCAUCACCGCGUAGAGGUGGUACUUGAAGGGGAUUUUGCUUACUGAACGAAAAAAUUCAAACAUUCAGACUUGAAUAAAUUAAGAAUAGUUUUCAACUUUCAACGUGGUGAAAAUUUCGUGCAAGUUGGGUGAGACUUUAGUAUGAAUAUAAGUUGUCGUUCAGGAAGCGGUCCUCCCCCAGCGGCGGUUAUCGUAAUGGAACCCCCACCGCCUUAUACGGCGGCAGACCCUGGAAGUGCCCUGGGCGGACCCCGUCGUGGACACCGCAACAACAAACGACAGACGGCCAGCGACGCUCGUCAGCCCAACGCCGGAAAGAAGAAAUCUGGAAAAUAA